CGGGGCGCCACUCUUCGGUGAAACAGCUUAUCCCGGUCGCGCUCAUAAGCGUCGGUUGUUCAACAAACCAGCCUCCAACAUCAACAUUGUUCUAUCACCAGACUGCAUCGUAUUCCCAUCGCUGCAGUUAUGGCUCCUUCUUCUCUGAGGAGCCUCCUAUUGGGAGCUGUGGCUCUUUGGCCUGGUCUGGUCAUGGCUUCCCAUAACUCAACUUACUCUCAGGCCGACCAACUACGGGCACAGCUAGCUCUCAUGGGUGAUCGACCAGAUGGCUGUCCUCCUUGCUUCAACUGUCUCCUUCCCGCACAUACAUGUGCUCAAUACGCUGGUUGUAAUGAGUUCAACGGAAAAUGCGCCUGUCCUGAGGGAUUUGGCGGUGAUGACUGCCUCGAGCCACUGUGCGGCUCACUUCCCAAGGGAAAGGACCGCCCAAUGCGAUCUGGUGCAUCAUGCGAUUGCGACGAGGGCUGGACUGGCAUCAAUUGCAACGUCUGUACUGACAAUAAAGCCUGCAACGCACUCAUGGAAACCGGCGAAGGCGGUGUCUGUUACCAGAAUGGUGAGGUUGUGAACCACAACUAUCAGAUCUGCGAUGUCACCAACGAGAAGAUCACGUCUUUACUCGGCAAGCAGCGUCCAGAAGUCACAUUCACCUGCAAACAAGAGGAUCAGACUUGCGAUUUCCAAUUUUGGGUAGAUGCUAUCGAAUCCUUCUACUGCCAUCUCUCCGAAUGCGAUUCGAGUGCCGAUUGGGAGGAAGAGAAGAACACAACUUCCUACAAAUGCAAUAAGAUCAGCUGCAGCUGUAUUCCCGAUCGAAUGCUUUGCGGAAAAGAUGGAUCCAUCGAUCUCACAGACUUCCUUGACCAAUCUAUUCAAGGUCCAGGACGAUUCGAAUGUACUCAGAAGCAUGGCGGUACUCACGACUGUGCUUUCAGAGAACCCGAGAUGGACGCCUUGAUUCUAGCCCUAAUUGGAGACUCCAGCAUUCUUCUUAGCUGCCACGCUGGUGAAUGUCUCUACGAGACAGAGGUUCCAGGAUAUAAGCGACCCGUCAAGAAGAUCAACACACCUCUUAUUGCCGGCGUGAUUGCGGGCUGCUCUCUCUUCUUGGUUGCUGUCAUUAUCUUGACAUGGUAUCUGUCAAGGCGCAAGUUGAGCUAUGGGGCUAUCCGCUUGGAGGACUCGGACGACGAGAGUACGAAACUGAUGACCGACCACAAACCCGCUUCACUCUACUUUGACGAUGUUGCGUACACUUUGAAUGGUAAACAGAUUCUUACUGGAAUCCGUGGUAUUUGCAAGCCCGGAGAGGUCACCGCCAUUAUGGGUGCGUCUGGAGCAGGAAAGACAACAUUCCUCGAUAUUCUCGCACGAAAGAACAAGCGUGGACAUGUUCAUGGCAACUUUUACGUCAACGGCGAGAAGGUCAACGAUAAUGAUUACAAGAAUGUUGUUGGGUUUGUUGAUCAGGAGGAUACCAUGCUCCCUACCCUUACCGUUCAUGAGACCAUUCUCAACAGUGCUCUACUUCGACUUCCUCGCGAUAUGGGCCGUGCUGCCAAAGAACAACGUGUGGUUGAGGUUGAGAAGGAACUCGGCAUUCAUCAUAUUCGCGAUUCCCUGAUCGGUUCUGAAGAGGGCAAGGGGCGUGGUAUCUCGGGCGGUGAGAAGCGACGUGUAGGAAUUGCUUGCGAACUGGUUACCAGCCCUUCGAUUCUCUUCCUCGAUGAACCGACCAGUGGUCUCGAUGCCUACAAUGCGUACAAUGUGGUUGAGUGUCUCGUCACUCUGGCGAAGACAUACAAACGAACCGUCAUUUUCACAAUUCAUCAACCUCGAUCCAACAUUGUGGCACUCUUUGACAGACUCGUGCUGUUAGCACAGGGACGUACCGUUUACUCUGGUCCUUUCAACCAAUGUCAAAGUUAUUUCGACGGAAUCGGCUACGAAUGCCCCCCUGGUUUCAAUAUUGCUGAUUAUCUUGUUGACCUUACCAUGCAUGCCGGCAGCACUCAAUCUGUUGAUAAUGGCACUGUCGGCCUUGACAAUAACAGUGUUGGGCCAAGCAGCACCCGUGCUAUCAAGUCUGUGGCAAGCAUAUCAGGCACUACUUCGGGAGACGACGACGCCAGCUCGAGCCGACCUCAGAAUCGACGUAGAGACUCGGUCAAGGUUCGCCAGGAUCGCGAGCUCUUCACACGCAGAAAGACGGUUGACACUGCAGCCUCCUCAGAUGCUGGAGGUGAAGACAACGGUGCCUAUCGCCUUCAUCAAAACCCUGUCGACUCUACUACCGCAACCCUUCUUGAAGACCCCCAUGACUUGCCUCCAGCAGCAGCCACUGGUACGGACCUCGACAUUAUGACACGUGCAUUCAUCCACUCGGAAAUUGCUUCCUCAACACAGGAUGAGAUCCAACGAGCCAUUCGCAUCGCGCAAGAUGCCAAUGGCUCCAACGCAAAUGGCUACACUGUUGAGGGACCCAAUGUUCAUGUCAGUGCUGUUGGAAAGGGCUAUGCCCGAGUUGGCUACUUACGUCAGUUCAUCAUUCUGUCUCAGAGGACUUGGAAGAACUUGUAUCGAAACCCGAUGUUGAUGCUUACCCAUUUCGCUAUCGCCAUCGUGCUCGCCGUUUUUUCAGGAUAUCUCUUCUAUGGUCUCACGGACGACAUCCCCGGCUUCCAGAACCGACUUGGUCUCUUCUUCUUCCUGCUCGCUUUGUUCGGUUUCAGCACACUCACAAGUCUUAACGUAUUCGCCACCGAACGACUUCUUUUUGUUCGCGAACGUGCCAACGGUUACUAUGCGCCAGCCACUUAUUUUGCGGCCAAGGUACUGUUCGACAUAAUCCCUCUUCGAAUCGUCCCCCCUAUCCUUAUGGGUUCCAUAAUCUAUCCUAUGACUGGCUUGGUGGCCGAUUCAACGCACUUCUUCAACUUUAUAUUGGUGCUGGUACUCUUCAACAUGGCUGCUGCGGCUGUUUGUCUCUUUAUUGGAAUUGUUUGCAAGGAUGGCGGUGUCGCGAACUUGAUUGGCAGCUUGGUCAUGCUUUUUAGUCUUCUUUUCGCUGGCUUCCUCCUGAACCACGAUGCCACUCCUAAGGGUGCUCUUUGGCUCCAGACGCUGUCGAUUUUCCACUACGGCUUCGAGUCGCUUAUUGUCAAUGAGGUUCUUCAACUUACCCUCGUGGACAGCAAGUACGGACUGGAUAUCACGGUGCCUGGCGCGGCCAUCCUCAGCUCCUUUGGAUUCAACAAUAAUGCCAUGUGGCCUGACAUCAGGAAUUUGGGUAUUUUUGCUGCCGUCUUCAUCAUCUUGUCUUACGCUGCUAUGCAUUUCUUGCUCGUCGAAAGACGAUAAAUCAGCAUAGAGGGAUUGGUCAUUGUGUAAGGCCUUAAAGUUAAGGAGAACGAUGUAAGUGUCAUUGCUUGCGGUGAUAAUAUACAUAAGAUGUAUGUCAGGCAUACGUGAGUCAUACUGGGCGUUUGGAUGGGGGCACGUUCUCGUUCUUUCAUGGGUUAUUGUAUCAAGUCUCACAAUAUAUGUAGAAUCGCAUUUUAAAGUACAUUUUGAAUGCACACAUGAGUCCGUGGUAGGCCGCUUGAAGACGUGAUAUUUGUCAGAGUUACAGUAAUACAUGAAUACAAGUUGUUUUUACAAGCCAAAGGGCAUGAUCUAUUCCAUCUUUCCACCAGUGAACUCCUCGGCAAUUCUCUUCUGUCGCUUGACGGAGCGGUCGUACUCGGUUUCGUAAAAGUCCAUAAUCUUGGUGGAUACUCCUGUUGUGGUUUCCAACAUGUUGCCAAUCGAUGUUGGCUUGCCCCAGACGUCCCAUGUGUUCUGGGCUGAACCAUAUCGGCCGAUGUCGAAUCCUUGCUUGUGGAAGAAGUCUUCGGCAAAUAUGGUCUCAAUCUCUUCCUUGAGCUCACUCUCAUUGACAAUGAAGUUGGAGGCAUUGAUGUAGAGCUCCAUCAACGCAUCGCGGCGAGCCUCGCGCUUAGCUUCCUCAAUAGCCUUUACCUUGACGCGGCUUCUCUGGGCAUGAAUGAAGCGGCCAGGGUCAGGGUAUGUCUUGGUGUCCAAAACUGCCUUCAGCACUGUGCUACGGGUGAGGCGAUCGUCCUCUCGCUCGGGGGCCUUAACAGCCCGGUGGUUCUCGAGAAACUUGUGGCUCACACGCUCGUUCUGAACAGCAUCACGACGGUUCCUUCGUACCCAAAGUUCCUUCAAACCAGUUUCCAGGUUCUGCCGACGGGAAUUGGCCAUUGUUUGCUUCCAUUCUUGUGUUUCGUUCUUGGGUUUUUGCUUGUGGGCCGGCUUAGGAACGGUUUGCUUGAUGUAAUCGGCUCGAAUCUUGCGGUCACCCUCCAUACGAGGGAAGAUCUCUCGAGGUACGGGGAGGUGACCUCUGACCCGGGGAAGCUUCUUCUCUUCGGACUGGGGUGGUGUAGGCAAGCGGAUGUAUGAGGGAGACUCGGGAGGGACUUGUUCGAGAGCAGGAGCCGAAGUGGAAAAGGCUCUUGCGGCCACGAGGAACUGACGAGCAGCCGCCCUCGGGCAUGAAGUUGUGAGGCUAAAAGGCAUUUUGAGAAGAGCCUCGGCCAGGUUGAGCACUGAGGAACUCGAGUUAUAUCGCAAUUGACGCCGUUCCCCCCGUCGUCAAAUCGGCUUCUGCAGAAUCAAUCACCUGCCUGAGAAAAUCGACGUCGG